AUGAACAAGAACAAGAACAAGAACAAGAUGGGUAGUGAGGCUUCACCGGUGGAGAUUGUGAAUAUAGCGGAUGACGACAACAACGGCGACGAUGAUGAAAUAUCACUACUAUAUGCAACACCCAUAUCCGUCUCACUCAAAAAAGGAACCACCCCAAAAAUUGCUAUAUCAGUUGAAGAGUACUCCGAUGACAGAGACCUCUGGCUUGCUAUCAUGGCCUCUCUAUCUCGAUUACCAAAACCCAGUACCAGUAGCAAUACCAGACCCAAAAGAGAAAGGAUCAUCGACCUUUCUCGAGAUUACCCAAAUGAUGAUGAAGUUGAAGUCCAGGUGUUAGACUCUUUCCCUCCACCAUUUCCGAGAAUCAGAAAGCCCUUUCGAGGCCGCCCUUACAUUUCUGAACCAGGACAGUCUUCCAAUUCCAAGCCUGACGAUAGAGAUAUCAUAAUUCCACCUUUCGUGUGUGAAAUCUGUACUGACCCAAAGCCUUAUAGUGACUCAUUCUUCAUACCGGGUUGUACCCACCGUUACUGUUCGGAGUGCAUGGUGAAGUACGUGGGGUCAAAGCUAGAAGAAAACAUUUGCCAAAUUCAUUGCCCUGUUUCGGGAUGUGAAGGGCUAUUAGAGCCGGAGAAUUGCCGUUCAAUUUUGCCGCAACAUGUGUUUGAUAGGUGGGGCAAGGCGUUGUGCGAGGCGGUGAUUGUAGUUUCGGAAAAGUUGUAUUGUCCUUAUAAGGAUUGUUCAGCGCUAAUGAUUCAUGAGAGAGGUGGAAAUGGUGAGGUGAUAACCCAGUCGGAGUGCCCCAAUUGCUGGAGGUUGUUUUGCGCGGAGUGUAAGGUUGAAUGGCAUUGGGGAAUUGUAUGCUCCGAGUUUCAGAAGUUGAAUAAGGAUGAGAGAGAAAAAGAGGAUAUUAUGUUGAUGAAUCUUGCCAAGGCUAAGAAAUGGAUGAGGUGUCCUAAAUGCAAGUUCUAUGUUGACAAGUCUCAAGUUGCUGGAACUGGAAGCUGGCCUGGUAUACCUGAUGUGAUAUAUCUUGGUUAUUUUGUUUUAGCUUUCUCCAUUCUUCUCCUUGUUACAUAUGAAUUUCAAGCUCAUGCUAACUGGUCCUUGGGGGAGGGGGGGGGGGACCAUCAUGGAAAUGUGGAUGGACUUUUUGGUUGGAUGUUGCAUGAUGCUCACAGGCAGGUUAGUACUCCAGUAAGUAGGCAAAUUGCCAUUCCUGGUUUGUGA